GCUUAGCUAACGCAGCUCCUGAGCUGUGAAUUUUUUUUUUUCAUAAUUAUUAAAUUAAUCACUAUAAAAGGCAAUUGUAAAUGUUAUUAAUUUUCACAGUGGUGAACUGUGUUUUCAACAAUGGGUCCUAUAGUUGCUUUCAUCCUAACUAUCGCUGCUAUAAACAGUGCCACCGCAUCAAAAAUUGAUUUUUUUACAACUGGAAAAGAAGUAGUAUUCAAUUAUGAAUCACAUGUUACCGUACGAACAGACCAACCAGCAUCAUACGCUUCAUUAUAUGAACUUCAAGCUAAAGUCCAUGUCCAAAAGAAUGAAGAAGACACAUUAAUGGUUCGUUUGGAUAAUAUCGUUUUUGAUCUUGAAAAUGGUCCAAUGCAAGAAAGUGUCACUAACCAUGUUUACGUGACAAUUCCAAAAGAAGCUGAAGCACUUUCCCUACCAUUCGCAAUUAAAUAUGACAGUAACAAACUUGUAACCGCUGUGAUGGUUGAUUCAAAUGACCAAGAAUGGUCCUACAAUAUCAAAAAAUCAAUUGCAUCAAUUUUCCAGUUUAACACUGAAGUUGUAUCAACUUUUGGUACAACUUGGAACAAUGCAGGUCACGUUGAAUAUUCAAGCGAACAAACCAUUUAUGGUUUAUGCAACGUUACAUACGAUGUGCUACCACUAGACGAUCAUAUUAUGGUUAUUAAGACAGCCGACCCAAGGCAAUGUGGAGACAAUUACAAUUUAAAGCGAAAUGCCAACUUCCUAGAUGUUGACUCUAACCGGAUUUAUAAAAUAAACCAAAUGGACAAGAACGCUCGCAUAGAAAUGAUUGAAGCACGGGGUGAUAUUGUCGACGCUCAAUUCAGAGCAACCACUGAAAUGAUAUCACUUAAAGUACAUCAACGGUUUAUUUUUGUUGAAGAAAUUGCAGUAACAAAUCCACUUGUAAUUAAUAACCAAAUGGUAUUACGUUCAUUAAAAUACGAAGAUCCACUUUCCAAAUGCCGCGAUGGACCAAUUAUGGCUCAUGUUGACAUCACUGGUGGUCGUGCUAAAUAUAAUAACGAUCUUAUAAUACCAAAAGUUAUUACAUGGUUAGGUGAAUUCGUAAAUUUCAUACACGAAAACCAUAUUACAUUAACAAAAGUAGAUUCCAAAGGACUACAACUUCUACAAAGUUUAUUCGCAGUAUUAGAAAACUUUGACUUGAACACAUUAGAACACACUUUCGCUUUAUUCAAAGAACAAUCGCAAAAUAAACCUAACGAACUUCGUACCUUCAAUGUAUUCAUUCAAUUAUUGCCUCAUGUUGGAACACGAUCUUCAGCUGUAUUUAUCCGUAAUUUAAUUCGGAAACAAAAACUUGACGAAACAAUGGUUGUAAGAUUACUACGCGACCUACCAACUCACGUCCGUUGUCCAAAUGAAAAAUUAUUGAUCGAACUUGAAGAUAUGCUGGAAUUUGGUGAAGAGGGCGGUCGUGUUCAUCGCGCUAGUGUACUUGCAUACGCUUCGUUAAUAAAACGCACAUACUUUAGAGUUGAUGAAAAUUCAAUCGUACUUGACAAAUUUAUGAAAUUGUUUAUGCAAAAAUUACAAAGUUCUCAAGAUUAUAACAUCCAAGUACUUUAUCUACAUGCGCUAGGCAAUAUUGGAAUGGAAUCGGUAAUUCAUACUUUAGCUCCUAUUCUAACCGGUAAAAUGGUGGUUGAUCGCAAUUUACGUUCUUUAGCUUUAUGGUCAGUGGCUCCAUUAUUCCAAAAGAAUCCCAGUUUAAUGAUUAAACUCGUAUGGCCAAUUCUUAGUGACCGUGAAUUAGAUAUUAGUUUACGAAUAGCUGCAUAUGAUAUUUAUGUACGAACUGAAAACCCAACAUUGAAUCGAUUCAUGCAGCUUUAUUGGUUAAUGUAUCACGAAACUAACGAACAUUUGUACAAUUUUCAUUACAAUACAUUAGAAACAUUUACCCAAAUCACGUACGCUCCAAAAAAUGAAAAUCAAAUUAGUGAAAUAGCUCGUGCAAUUUUACGAAUGAGUCGUCGUCCAAUUGUCACAUAUUCAUAUGAAGGUAUUUCUAUAAACGAUUUCAUUGAUGAGAAAUCCGGACUUGGAGGAAAAAUAGACAAUUUAUUUUUAUUUGGUAAGGGCCUUACUUUUCGCACAAAAGUUAUGUCACGUGUUUAUGGUUUCGAUACAGAAAUGUUAUCACUGCAUGUUGGAAUAGCUGCACCAAACUAUGCCAAAAUAAAUGCAAAAGAUUCCGUAACAAAGUACGUUGAAUUUAUUAUGAGACACGAAGGCAGGGUUGUUAUGACUUACGUUAUUGCGCAACAAACUAGAAAUAUACUACCCAAUAUUGCUAAAGAUUUAGGAUUUAUUGAUAUUGACGCGAAAGAAGAUAAAAUUAUUGAAAUUCCAUAUUUAUACGAACGAAUUAUACCAACCGAUUUCGGAGUACCAAUUCGAAUGUCUGAAAUGCUUCCACACAUUCAAUCAAUUUAUUUCAAAAUGUACGCUAAUAAAAAAGGAACUAUGAAAUUUUCUUUUCAAAUUAUGUCAAUGACUAUGCACAACACAGAAUUCAAAGUAUACAAUCCAAUCAAUGAUUUAUGGCACGGAAUUGAAAAAAAUAAAUAUAUAAAUUUAAAAUUUGGAGUGAAUGUUACAUUGGAAAUAUAUCCAUUCAACAGAUUUAAAUUGGAACUUAGUAAAUUAAGCUCAGAUAAUAUCAACGGAAUGCAAGUAUUUAACGAAAAUAUUGUUUUUAUCAAAGGAGAAAAAGCACAAGAGGUACUCGUACAAUCCCAUAAAGAUAAUUUAGUUCGCAGAUCAAUUAUUCGAGGAGAUGCCUACUCCACAAAUACUGUAGUCUACGAUACAGAAUGUAAAACACUAGGACAACAUGUUGAAGUGAAAAUAUUUGAUUGUGAUCGUGAUUUAUCACGUGGCGGUUUAAUUACACGUCUUCGAGAAAUUAACAUCAUCGAAGAUAAACAUGAUGAUUUUAUCUCCAUUGAAUUUUUACGUUUAUAUUUAUCAGAAUUAUUCCAAAGUGGUUAUGGAAGCUGUGGAUAUGGUGUUCGUUUUACACCGUUGGAUACCUUAGACCAUAUGGAAUUCAAUUUAAUAUUGGGUCCCCCAAGAGAAAAGAUUCAAUGGAUGGAAACAAAUCCAUUUGGUUUUCAAAUUGAGGUACAUGGUGUCACAAAAUCGGUACAAAACACCAAUUUUGCUACAUACAAUACAAGUCUUAUGCUACUCAUUUCUGCACCAGAACGAAAAACUGCACUUAAAUGGUCGAUUACCCAUAAUGACCAAGUUAACAAGGAACGUAAGCUUGGUAUUGACUUACGUUAUCAAAUGAAAGAAGAUAAUUUAGAUUCAAAAUUUAUUUUAUCACUUGGUGAAGUUGACAAAUUAGGUGUCAUUAAUUUUGACAUUAAAGGUACUCGUAGCGAAGAACAAGAACGCAUCUUAAAAGAACGUAAAAUUACUUAUAACGAAUGCCGACCAGAAGUUGUUAGUAAAUGGAAUUUUGCUCCUGUUCCACUCGAAUGUGCUGUUGCUCAUUCAAACUUAAAUCGGUAUGCAAUUGAUGUUACUGUCAAUGACGUAGAACUGGAAAUGGUACAAAUGGUUUUAAAUCAUUUUAAUGCAUUACGUUAUCUUUAUUCAAUGUAUUCCCAAAGAAAUACUAAAACUGAAACAAAUGUAAUGCCAAUGCACUUGGAUGUCGUUUAUCCAGUAUUCAGAAAAGAAUGGGAUGUAACAAUUGAUACACCACGUUACACUGAAGUUUAUACAGGAAUACCUCGACAUUUUUGGGAUUAUUGGAGUAUGGAAACACAUAUGUCAUUGACCAACAUAUUUUUCACUCUUUCUAAAUGGGAUAGUAUUGCGCGUGGUGUAAACUCAAUGGUACACUGUGUCAUUUCUAAAGAAUACGUUUUAACAUUGAAUGGUGAUACUGAAAAGUAUGAAUUGACAAACGAUUGGACUUUAUAUCUCAAUGGAAGUACACUUAAAAAAGAAAUGUUUAAUGUUUACGUAAAAAAGGUAGACGGUAAUAUGCCAUUGGCAAUUCAAAUUCAAAUGGGAAAAGAAUUAAUGGAAAUCAUGCCACAAGGACACGAAUUUGUUAUUAAAGUAAAUAAUAAUGUAAUUACACCAACGGUCGGAAAAUACACAACAGAAUCAAAAUGGAAUUAUUUAAUGGUUGAAUCACCCAAAAUGAUCAUGUUCUCUACAAUAGAACCCCGUAAAGGUUUUCAAGUUAUCUACGAUGGUAGAACAAUACGAACAAUGAUCCCUGAAAGCCAAAAACGUAAUUUCGAUGGACCCUGUAAGGAUCAAACAAGUCACAAUCAAUUUGAACUGAACAAAAUUUUAGCAAUUUAAAAUUGAAAAAAAAUUGUAAAAUAAUAGAUAGACUGAAAUAGAAUUGGAAUACUUCAUUAUUAAAAUUCAAAAAAUUUAAUUUUA